GUUCAGUUUUCUCUAUUGGCUGCACCUGCUAGUUAAUUGGUUGUCUUGUGGAAGUAGGGCCAUGGUAAGUUUUGCUAGGCUGCAAUGUGUAGUGCAAGUGUUGCCUUACAGGAAGUAAAAUAAACAGAACAGUGUUGAGAAAUCUCCAACAGGCAUGGGGCUGAGUUAUAUGCUUCUGCUCUUCUCUGGCUUGUGCCUGUGCUCAAUUGGUAAGAUCUUCUUUUAAUAGGAUGAAAUUGUCUGUGUUUAGUAGAAGUUGGAGGAUUUGCAUGUCAUGUUUGAAGCCAGUUGGUUAUCUUGGUUUUCUUAGGAUCUGUGGAUUUUGUCAACUUACGUCCACAAUUAACAAUUCUGAUUACUUUACCAUAACAUAAUCACACAAUGUAUGUAAUUACAAAAAUGUUGAAUAAUGAGUUGUCUCUUUGAUCAGUAGAAAUGCAUGACAGUUGAUCAUUCUUGUGCAAUAAUGCAGCUAUAUCCUGUUGACUAGAUUUCUGUUAGUAUUAGGCGGUUAUGGCUUGGUUUCAGUUUGUUCGUGGGGAGUCAGAUUUCUCUGCUCAUGUUGGUUGACUAUUUAUCGGUAUGAGAAAAAUAUUGUGUGGCACUUGCCUUUGGCUACAGUUCUGACUUUGAGUUGUUGCACGGUCUUGUGUAAGCUGACCUAAUUCGGUGUUUAUAGGAAGAGUGUAAGACCUGUAGAACCUAAAACCUGUUACUCUAAUGUAGCAAACAUUUUGUGAAUGUUAUCUUGUGUUCAAUUAGCACUUUUUGUUGUUUCCAGUCAGUUGCCACAGGUUUGUGCCUGGCGCGCCAUAUAAUAUCAGCACGAAUGACAAGGGGGUCCUAAAGGCAGUGCUUCAUGGGACCUAUUCAUUUAACAAUCAGACCAAUGAUGCUUUCCUCUUCAAGCCAUUUGCAAUUGAGAAAGCAGAAAGACAGGUAUGGAGGACUUACAAUAACUGACAAUUUAUACUGGAGUAGUCCUAUCGAAUGUGUUCCAUAUGGCGUCGAAAUAAGGAUGAAAACUAUGUUGAACUGAAUAAGUUUAUACUUCGCUGGUAUAGUCCAACUAUAUUGUGAACUAUACCAUUUGGCAUUGUUCUCCAACUCGGGUCCUCGAAUACCCCCAACAGCACAUUUAUGUUGUAGCCCUGGACAAACUCAACUCAUUGAGGGCUUGAUGAUUAGUUGAUACGUUGAAUCAGGUGUGCUUGUCCAGGGCUACAAUAGAAAUGAGUACUGUUGGGGCUACUCAAGGACUGGAGUUGGGAAACACUGGCGUAUGGUUCACUAUAGUUGGACUAUACCAGUGAGGCAUAAACUUCUUCAGUUCAACAUAGCUUUCUGUUACAGAUUGUAAGGGGACUCAAAUACAUUAUGGAAGUAGACCUCUCACGGACUGUGUGCCGCAAAAACAGACACAGCGACACAGACCUGGCCAACUGCAAGUUCCAACCAGAUGGUUUGUUACAGCAGGUAUUGUACAGUACACAUUUUUAGUAUAGAAAUAAGUAGUGCAUUGAAUUUAAAUAUGAUACAUUAUGUUGAAGUUGUAUGUAUAGCAAUUGGGUGAAGAUCAACACUAAUUUUGACUGGCGAGUGGAUCAUAGCUGAAAGUCAACAUUGUUGGAGUGAUUCAUUAUAAUAGAGUGCAUGUUUGUCUUUCAGACCUUCCACUGUGACUUUGAGGUUUGGACUAUGCCUUGGCUCCACUUCAUGAAGACUACCUAUUUUUCUUGCAGUCCAUCUGACCGACCUUCAACUUCUCCAUGAAACCCAAUCCUUCAUGGUUUCAAUGUUCUGAGGAAGUUCCUUAGCCAUUUCCCUCUAAACAUGAUCAUAACUGAGCAUUUUCAUUUUUCUAAAUAAAAUUGAGCCUUAACGUAUGGUAUAACAAUGGCAAUUACCAUGUUUCUUGAGUACCAAUAUGUAUUUUAGGGUAACUUACACAGCUACAACAACCUAAAGCCACCUAACCUUGUAAUCC